GCUUUUUAUUGAAGUUAAGCAGACGACAUAGGACAAGGGAGAAAGGGAUAAUCAGAAAAAUUGAACUGUUUUGUGUUUUUUGGGACUCAGAUAUCUAAAUGGCUGUUAAUCAACAACAACAAGCCGUCAGUGCCCUUCCUCUACCGCCGAUUUUCUACCAAGGCUAUACAAAUGAAAAUAUUGAGAAGGGAAGGGCCCCACAACCCCCACGGCCACCUAAACCUUACGAGCCCUAUUCGUGCUUCGGCUUUAAUUACGGUGGACCAAACGAUGGACAAAUAGUGCCGCCAUUGGAAACUCAAAACGUAAAGAGGCUUCACCCGCAAAAUUAUGAACAUAGACGGGAGUUGAUAAAAAUGAAUCACUCUCUUCUUUGUGCUGUUUUAGACUUGUUGCAAAUUUUAGUGACUUCGGCAGAUAGCCCUCAAAGGACACAGAAACUUAGCGAUAUCUAUCUUAUACUCAUACAUAUGCAACAUUUAAUUAAUGAACUUCGGCCAGUGCAGGCGCGGGAUGCGCUUGCAGCAAUGAUGCAAAGGCAGGUGAAAGCAACAAGAGAAGCUGUCCUAUCAAUAACAAGAGUUAUGAAUAAAGCUGCUAAUUUUGUAAAUAAAGCAAUUUGCAAUGUAAACGUAACAUCGGCCACAAAUAGCAUCUAUCCUACAUUUAUAAAAACAGAAGUUGAGGAAGAAAAGAAACCUUCUAUUAUUACAGAUGAAUCAGAAUUAAAAAAUGAAUUAAUGUGUUCUAUCAUAGACAAUUUAGACCGCGAGGGUUUACUAUAA